AUGCAGCUUCACUGCCCCAACUUCCAUCAACAGAAAAAGACUUUACAUGGUCCCAGCUUCUUUGCAACCCCAAUCUUUGAUUCAAAAUCUGAAGAAGAUGUGUUGAUUGGCCUACCAAAACUCUUUGCCCAUGGCCUCGCUACACAAGAGGCUGGGCAUUUUGAUUUGACUCCUGAGAUCCUGAGAAUCGGAUACCAGAAAGAACCGGAGCCCACUAGGCUUCCCCCUAUUAUCUCAGAAGAUGGGAAUCAUUCCGUGCACCAGAAUAGCCACACAAGGUACCAGGAAGCUGUACGGAAGGUGUUGUUAAAGACAUUCCCCAAUCAGGUCUUCAGAGUCCCCCUGACUGAUGCUCAGAGCUUCAGCUUCUGGCGGUCCCACAAUCCAGGAGUGCGCCCAGAGGAAACCAUGCCAUGGAUCCGGAGCCCCCGCCACUGCCUCAUCAAAAGCCCAAUGACCAGGUUUAUGGAUCACUCUAUUCUCAAUGACAGAAACUUCAGUCUGUAUUGA